CCAAAAUAUUUUUUCUAAAGGAACUCUUCUCGGAUCCCUUGUUGAUUUUCAAUCUGCUCGGAUCGGCCCCGCAAUCCUCACCUUCUGAAUAAUCAAUAUGGGAGGAGGGUUCAGAGUGCUGCAUCUGGUUAGACCAUUCCUUUCAUUUCUGCCUGAGGUUCAGACCGCUGAUAGGAAAAUUGCUUUUAGAGAGAAGGUCACCUACACUGUCGUCUCCCUUUUCAUCUUUUUGGUUUGCAGUCAGCUUCCACUUUACGGAAUACACUCUACAACGGGUGCCGAUCCCUUCUAUUGGAUGCGUGUUAUCCUUGCAUCAAACCGUGGAACUGUUAUGGAACUUGGCAUUACCCCCAUUGUGACAUCUGGAUUGGUGAUGCAACUCCUGGCUGGUUCAAAAAUCAUUGAGGUGGACAACAGUGUCCGGAGCACUCCUGUAAUGCUGAUGAAGCAAAAUGGGGCUCAAAAGCUGUUGGGCAUCCUGAUUGCUGUUGGUGAGGCAGUGGCAUAUGUACUGUCUGGCAUGUAUGGCAGUGUUGGUCAGCUUGGUGUGGGGAAUGCCAUUCUUAUUAUAAUUCAACUUUGCUUUGCUGGAAUCAUCAUAAUCUGCCUAGAUGAACUUCUCCAGAAGGGAUACGGUUUGGGCUCUGGGAUCUCCCUUUUCAUUGCCACCAAUAUCUGUGAAAACAUAAUCUGGAAAGCAUUCAGCCCUACAACUAUCAACAGUGGUCGGGGGGCUGAAUUUGAAGGUGCUGUCAUUGCUAUGUUCCAUCUACUGAUAACUAGAACAGACAAAGUUCGAGCACUUCGUGAGGCUUUUUAUCGGCAGAACCUUCCAAAUGUUACAAAUUUGUUAGCGACAGUAUUGAUCUUCCUUAUUGUCAUCUACUUCCAAGGUUUUCGUGUUGUUUUGCCCGUAAGAUCAAAGAAUGCUCGUGGACAACAAGGGUCAUAUCCCAUUAAGCUAUUCUACACCUCAAAAAUGCCUAUCAUCCUGCAGUCUGCUCUUGUUUCAAAUCUUUAUUUCAUCUCCCAGUUGCUGUACAGGAAGUACAGUGGUAACUUCUUUGUGAACCUGUUGGGUAAGUGGAAGGAAUCUGAAUAUUCAGGCGGUCAGUUCAUUCCUGUUGGUGGUCUAGCAUACUAUGUUACUGCACCUGCAAGCUUGGCAGACAUGGCAGCAAACCCCUUCCAUGCUUUAUUUUAUCUUGUGUUCAUGGUUUCAGCAUGUGCCUUGUUUUCAAAAACUUGGAUUGAAGUUUCUGGUUCUUCUGCCAGAGAUGUGGCUAAGCAGCUCAAGGAACAACAAAUGGUGAUGCCUGGACAUAGAGAUUCAAAUCUGCAGAAGGAGCUGAACCGAUACAUACCGACUGCAGCUGCAUUUGGCGGAAUGUGCAUUGGCGCAUUAACUGUCCUAGCCGACUUCAUGGGAGCAAUCGGUUCGGGUACUGGAAUAUUGCUUGCCGUGACAAUCAUAUAUCAAUAUUUUGAAACCUUUGAGAAGGAGAGAGCCAGUGAACUGGGCUUCUUUGGACUAUGAAGCUUUUUUAGUCAUGGAAAUGUUGAUGCUCGAGUUUUAAUUCAAAAAAUACAAUUAGGUUUCAGGUUUUGGUAACAUCCCGUGGAGAUAGAAAAUUGCGGUAAAAUAUUGUUUUUU